AUGCCGUUGGAUGCAAUAGGGAAUCAAAAAGUCCUGCCUUUCUGGGUCCAGCCGCCCACGAGAUCCGAGCCUGACCAGUUUGAACUCGAUGGCCUUCUUCGAUGUGACUGCUAUCACGUCCCGUCGGUAGAGUCUAUGAAGGAAGUUCUCGAUGCUUAUUCUGAAUUUGUUCACCCAACCAUGCCGCUUCUGGAUGUCGACGAGCUUCACUCCACAAUCACGGUCAGACCAACCGUCGCGGGCGUUGCAAAAGGGACGCGUGUCAGUCUUCUCCUGGUACAAGCGUUGCUUUUCGCCACUAGUCCUUUCCUCGCAGAUUCAACGUUGCAGACACUUGGCUACGAUUCUGGCGCUGCUGCUCAACGGGCCUUCUAUCAACGCGCCGAGCUACUAUACAGCCAUAACACGGAGAAAGAUCCCGUUGCAAUAUUACAGUCUCUGCUUCUAAUGAGCUACCGUGUCCGGACACCAGACAACGAGAAAAGUGCAAUAUACUGGAGCAGACUGGCCGCCACACAUGCACAAACGACGGACAUAACAGGGAUGAUCAAGCGGUCGUCCGAAGGACGCUACCGAAGUCUUCUGCGGAGGCUGUGGUGGUGUUGUCUACUGAGGGAGAGCUUGGUUGGGCUCGGAUCACGGCUUCCUACUAUCUUAUCUACCGACUCUGAGAGUCCCAGUCCACUCACGGCGGAAGACUUUCCGUCAAGUACGGACAUAAAUCUGCAUUCUACAUUUGCACCUCAAAACAGUGGCGGCGAUGUUGCUUACACCGGUGGUGUUGACCGUUCACAAGGAAGAAAGGACAUUUGCACGAUUCAGCUGAUCACUAUAGAGCUUUCGAGACUCUCUGUGUGGAUAUCGAAAUUGCUGUCCAUUGAUCGCUCUACAGCGGCUUUGGUGGGCCUGGUACCCUGCAUCAGUGGCCAAGAAGACCAGAAGAUUGACUGUUGGAGACGGCUGGUUGAAAAAACAUGCGCAGCGGGCUUGAAAGAGUGGUUAAAUGCACUUCCUGCAGAAGCGCGCUUCUCCACCGCUGAAGUCACAGGCAGCACGCCUUCUGCCUGUGUCACGGCAAAUCGGAUCAUGUUGUACAUGGUCUUUCAAGCAGCAGCAAGUUUUCUCUACCGUCGCCAAGCCGUCCACGCUGCCUCACUAGUAGACUCGCCCAUCACUUGUUCUCCAAAGGACCCGUUGAGACAUGCAGCAAGAAGACUCCGACGUGCUGCUCAGGAGAUUGCCAGCGCCUCCAAGAUCAUGAUUGGUCAAGGUCUUACCAAGUAUAUGCAACCACACGGGGUGUCGGUCAUGCUAUCAUCGAUAUCUGUUCUUCUUGUCGACGUCAGGGACCGGUCGAAAGCCGCAAAUGCCGCUGUCGCUGUAAGAACAUGCCUUGAUGUCUUGCAGGCUAUGGCUCGAAACCAUGAUGGAGUCCAGCGCGUAUAUGAGGCCUUCGCACCCUUGAUCGAACAUACUUUCGCACAACUUGCACCACGGGAGCAUGAUGAGGACUUUGUACACGGCAACGGUAAUGGCGAAGACUUGCAUCAUCCCUUCAGUGCAACCCCCGUCCCCGACACUCAGACGCUAGACUUCCACGACCCUUGGAAUGUCGGGUGGCCAUGGGAUAGCUUUCAACCAGGCGAGAUCCACCACCAAAAUGAGGCACUGUUGGGCUUUGAUAUUUCAGUGGGAGGCUCCAAUCCUGGACAAGGUUUCGAGAAUAUUCCCGAUUUAUGGUUUCCCGACGAUGGAGCAGAAGGGAACUUGAUAAGACAUGACGAAUUCCUAUUCUGA